AUGAAGUUCUUCAGCCAUGAUCUGGCUGUGCUGUGUGGGGUCGUGUGCCUGCCCAUCGGCUGCAUGAUUGUCGGCUCCCUCACCGCCUAUUUCUACGCGCCUGGGCGCCGCGUGCGCUGCUGCUUCGGCUCCUUGGCCGCAGGCUUGCUGGUGGCCUCGCUCUUCUUCGAGCUGGUCCCGCUGGCAACCAAGAGCCUGGACACGCCGCACGCCGUCGCCGUCGUCGUUGGCCUGGCCGUGGCCGGCGGUAUGGUGAUCAUCCUCGACGUCGCCGAGGACCGCAUCGCGCAGGCGCAUGAGAGGGCGCAGGACGAGCGCCGGCGCCAGCAGCGCGAGCGGAGGGAGAGGCAGCUGCAGAACCUCCUGGAGAAGCAGCAGCAGCCCCGUCCUGCAGAACCCAGCAAGACCAGCAGUGCCAGCCAUGCAGCGCCCAACGGCAAACCUCACACUACAGCAACCACAAGCGCCGCCAUGGGCGAACGUGAUGCAGCACACGCCAAGGCACACGACUACGACGCACAGCUCAACAACACCAACAACCUGACGCACCCGCAACAUCAGCCACCUGCUGAGUCACCCAGCGUCAAUGCGCCAGGUGGCAUGCCAUACUCUCGGUUUCCGUUUGCAGACAUGGGCCAGCACACGCCCUCGAUGCUCAUGGUGGCGCCGCCGUCGCUGUCAACAUCAUCCCCAUCAGCAUCAUCGCCUUCGCCUUCGACCCCGGGAACACCUUUGACCCCGCCGCAUGCGCGUGCAGACAAUGACAACACGCCACCAUCAUCGGCACCUCUGUUAGCGUCCUCGUCACCACCACGACCACCGCCAGCAUCAUCUCAAGGAACACAACCAACAUCGCACCCAACAUCACAACCAGCGUCACAGCCACAGCUGCCUUCUCACACAACGGAUCACAGCCGUGCGUGGUCCACAGCGUCGCCGUCGGGUCAGCGCCGUCACCACCACCCGCGCUGUGUGCGCGGCGGUCGCAGGCGGCGCAGGCGUGUGGGCAGCGACAAUGCCGACGAUGCAGAGCAGCAGCCGCUGUUGACAGAUGCAAGCAGCGUGUACAGCGCCGCAACCAUCAACAACCCGCCCAUCGAGUAUCUGGCUGGCGAGCACUCGCUUGCGGAGAGCAUUGACGCCGGCGUGUGGGACGGGCGGCGGCCGCUGCGCCUGCGCCGCACCACCUCUGCUCCGCCGGCCCCGCUGCCCGUGUCGCGGCGACGGCGCCUGCCGCACCCGGGGACGGGCGACUUCCCGCUGGGUGCCGCGGUGCUCAUCGCGCUGGACGGAAUGAGCGACGGGCUGGUCAUUGGCGUGACCUCGUCCCUCACCCUGACGCAGGGUCUGGUGGUGAGCGGCUCGCUGGCCAUGGAGAUGUGCAUCACGGGCGCAGCGCUCUCCAGCAUCUUGUACAAGCACGGCGUGCAGCGGCGGGUGGCUGUCCCGUGCCUGGUUGCCAUCCCCUUCACCAUGCUCCUUGGUGCGUGGCUUGGGCGCGCCGUCAUCCUUGCCAUCUCCCGCUCGUCGGCUAUCUUCUCUGGCAUUGUUGCCUUCACCGUGGGCCAGAUCACAUACCUCGCCACGACGCAGCUCUACUCCGACUCGUAUCAGGAGGCCAAGGCCGGCAGCUCCGCCCUUGCGCGCGCGUGCGCAGCCUUCUUCUUUGGCGGCCUCAUCGCCGGCUUUUGCAUGAACACGUUUCUUCCCGAAUGA